UGCGUGUCAAAGGACGAGGUUUUGAACUGUCAUCUUCGUAUCGUGUUCGGGAAGAUGCUAAAGCUAGUAAACUAGUUAUGUUAAGUAUGUAUGUUAUUGGAGUUCAUUUCGACGUUGGCUGAUGAUGGAGAAAAACUGUUUGUAUUAUUUUCCGUAUGUAAUAUCCACCCAUUUAUUUAAAAUGAUAUUCUACAAACUUUUUAGAGCGUAUCAUUGCACUCCGCGUUAAUUCAAAUCCUUAGGCCUAGUGUGUCAACACCCGAUCAUUUCGCUAACAAUACAAGUGCUGGGUGGUUUUGUUUACUUCCACCUCCACUUAAAGUCACCAGUACUUCAGCCAUGAAUACUGUCUUCUUCUGAUCAUGCUCAGGGCUUCUGUAAAAAGUCCGGGCACUCCCAACAAAUUGGAUGCAGAUCAUAGUCUGCUGCUGGAGCAUUGGAGUAAAGCUGUUUACGAGUGUUUUUUAACUGCCAGUUCAGAUGGAACACUUGACUUAACUAUCGAGGGUGGUUCCGAUAAUGGAGAAUUUCCAUUUUUUGGCUAUGUACCAGUAACAAACCGAAAUGUAUCAAAAGGGGAUAUUCUUCUUGAAGUACAAGGGCAGAAAGUUGCUGGAUAUACUCAAAAAGAUGUCAUAUCAUUAUUGAAACAUUGCGUGAGGAAUGGCAGUUCAGUUAAAAUCAGAGCUGUGAAAGCAGGAUACUUGACUAAAGAUCUUCGAAACUUUUUGAAUACUCGAUUUCAAAAAGGAUCAGUGGACCAUGAUCUUCAAAACACAAUUAGAGAUAAUUUAUAUCAGAGAACCGUGCCAUGUACUACCCGUCCUCCUCGAGUUGGUGAAAUUAGUGGUGUUGACUAUACCUUUCUCAGUGUUGAAGAAUUCAUAGCACUGGAAAGAAGUGGAAGCCUUUUAGAAAGUGGAAUUUAUGAAGGUAAUCAUUACGGGACUCCAAUGCCUCCAAAAGAUAAUUAUCAUUCUCCCAUGAGGAGAAGUAAUUCUAUUGGCCCUUCCAGCAGCUUGCUUCUUCCUGGUGCACAUGCAUCUUCUGAAGGAAAGAGACGGCGUAACAGAUCAAAUGUUGAAGCCAUGGCUUCGAAAACAUCUGAUGUUGCUGAAUUUUCAGUUCCCAUUUUAUCUUCUAAUACUCGAUCUUCAACUCCCGUUUCUGGAUUUUCAUAUUUGGGUUACCAGAAUUGUAAUUCCGUUACAACAACUGACAGUAUGCAAUGUGGACCAACUGUUUGUGAUUUGGGACCGUUACCAGAAAAUUGGGAAAGGGCUUUUACUAGUAAUGGGGAACCAUAUUUUAUAGAUCAUAAUACUGGAACGUCACAGUGGUUGGAUCCUCGGCUGUCUAGAGUUCAGAAGAAAACUAUUGAAGAUUGUGGGGAUGAUGAACUGCCGUUUGGUUGGGAAAGGAUUGAUGACCCACAUUAUGGUACCUACUAUAUAGAUCAUGUUAACCGACGUACUCAAUAUGAAAAUCCUGUCAUUCAAGCAAGAAGAGUGAAUGAUAAUGUUUCUGCAGCAGAUAUUAGCCACUCCUCAUCAUCAUGGCACCGUCAUUCUGAUCACACUAAUAAUAGUCAUGGUCCUGGUUUCCUAGCUGAGCCUAGGUCAGUUCCAUGGGCAUCCAGAAACAGCUCACUAACUCAAACCUCCAAUUGCAGUAAUUCAAAUGAUCCAAAUAUUGCCAGCACUAACAAUAGUGAAUCUUUUCUGAUUGUUUCUUCUUCUGAUGGCAACUCCUCAUCCUCAAAACCUCCCCCUCCUCUUUCUCCACCACCAGCUAAUAAUAUUUCUUCUUCACCUGCAUCAACUCACCGCUUUCCUUAUCUGCACUGUAUACCCUGUCUUAAUGAAAAGCAUGAACCUUCUAAACAUUUGGCAGAUGGCAAGGUAACAGAAGGCAAUGUGGUUAUGGGGAAUGGUACUGUUACAACUAAUGCUUCUACUAGUGAUGCUGGUACCCGAGUGUGUGAUCUGCAAAAAGGACCAUCUCCUGUUUCCAUGGAAAGAAGCUCUACGUCUACUGGCCGUCACUGUUUUUUUCAAAAUUCUGAUUCAAAUGAUUUAUCACACAGAGUGUCUAAUAUUUCAGCUCGCAGUGAUAUUUCCAAGUCAAACAUAUUGUUUACUCGAAAUCCUGAUGAAUUACGAGGUGUUUUUGUCCGUACUUCUUUAAUUAAAAGUUCCAGAGGCUUGGGAUUUACAAUAGUUGGCGGUGGAGAUGGUUCUUCAGGUGAAGAAUUCUUGCAAAUCAAAGAUGUUGUACCAAAUGGUCCUGCGUGGUGUAAUGGAAAAUUAGUUACAGGUGAUGUUCUUGUUCGUGUUAAUGGGGAAUGUGUUCUUGGAUAUACUCAUCAGAAUAUUAUUGCCUUAUUUCAAACAAUUCCUGCGGGAGAAGUCGUAGAGCUUGAUGUAUGCCGUGGUUAUCCAUUGCCAUUUGAUCCCAGUGAUCCAAAUACAGAAAUUGUGACAACGGUUGCUGUUUCUGUAGCAAAUACUAAAUUAUCAAAUGGCCAUAAUGUAUAUUCUUUUCGAUCAGAUAAUUUUAAUAUGCCAAGUAGAUUGACUGAUAAUUGUGCCAAAUCUACUGAUUCUAUGACUCGUGCUGUCAAAUCAAUGCCAGAUUUAAGCUCUAAAUAUCCUGAUAACUGUUAUCCUUCACAUCACAACAGUGCUGGUUUUUUAAAUCCAUUUAUUGAGGAUAUGCCAAAUCUUUCACCUGUGAAUGCUCAUCGGGCUUCUUUAGUACCUGAAUUCUUGACUGUUGAGAUUAUCAAAGGGGCAGCUGGCUUUGGUUUUACCAUUGCAGAUAGUUCUUAUGGUCAGAAAGUAAAGAAAAUACUUGAUAGGCCAAGAUGUAAACAUUUGCAAGAGAAUGAUCUUUUAUGUGCUAUUAAUGGUCGUGAUGUGAGAACACUAGCACAUGCUGAAGUUGUCCAAAUUUUAAAGGAUUGCCCUUGUAAUGAGGCUGCUGAAAUAAUUGUUCAACGAGGUGGAUUUGUUUCUCCUUUGAGAACCAAAGGAAGAUCAAAGACACGUUUGAGUGAGGAAGCCAAUCAAUAUACUACUGGUACCAUGUUUCAUUCACCAUCUUUUAGUAAUGGACAUUCAAGAAUGAAUGGGAAAGCUAAUGGUUCAUAUCGCAGUAAAACACCUACUGCUGAAUUAUACAGUUCAAGAGAUAAAGAGCUACUAAUGAUUGCAAGACCUAAAACGCCUUUAGUAGAUACACGAAAUUGGCCUGUACCUUCUUCAGAUUUUCAGAGCAAUAAUAUGAAUCAAAAACUUCUCCAGGAACCUUCUUCAAACUUGGGCAGUACUGUUUAUAAUCAUCGACCAGGAGACUAUAAUCAUUCAAAUGACUUGCUGGAAUGUAGUCCAGAGCGACAUGGCAAUCCAUCUUGGUAUUCUGAUCAAGGAAGAGGAAGGGACUGGCAUAAUCAUAAUUACAGGGAUUCUUCUCAUAUAAAAGAAAAUGCAGAAGAUACUUUCAACAAAGUGUUUGUGAACAGUUCUGUUCCUGAUAAUGCUCAUCAGAAUUUCACAUCAGGACAAGUGCCAAGAAAUUCUCUUGAUCCCAUGAAACGAUUCCCAGUAGAAAAUAAAUUCCAUUUUAAUAACUCAGAACCCUGGAGGGAUGUUCAUAGACAUGAUUCUAAUGCCAAUAAUUCUAUGUUUCAACCUGCUUCUGUAGCAAAUGGGAAUAGUUCUAGUGGGACAUUUGACAGCUCGUUAUAUAAUAUAAAUGAUGAAAAAUUUGCUAAUGCGAGUAAUAAUUUUGUUUAUGGCCAGCAAUUUUAUAAAUCACAUGUACCAACGUAUCAUUUGCAGCACAUCCCUAAUACAAAUAUGGAUAGCAUUUAUGCAUCAUCUCAUCAAGAGGUUUCACAGUAUAAUGAAAAUAUAUACAGUCGUAACAUGCAAAAUCAUUAUCCACGUUCUGUGCCUUUAAGUCCAACCACAAAAUUGGAUUUAUCUAUGCAUCGAAAGCACGGAACAUCAUUUGAACAUGAGCAACCCGUGCCAUACCUUAGUAGUGAUUUAAGAAAUAUGUCUCAGUCUUCUGUUCCAAAAGCUCAGGAAGGUAAAAAUGGAGCUGUAAACUAUGUAGAUAUGACUGUAGCACUCCAACGGCAAGAAAGUGGAUUUGGGUUUCGAAUUGUUGGAGGAACUGAAGAAGGUUCUCAGGUUGCUAUAGGACAUAUUGUUCCUGGAGGUGCUGCAGAUUUAGAUGGCAAUUUAAAAUCCGGUGAUGAAAUUUUAGGAGUUGAUGGUCAGCAUGUUGUGAACACAUCUCAUCAUCAUGUUGUGCAGUUAAUGAGUACAGCUGCUGAAAAUGGCAAAGUUACUUUGCAUCUCCGAAGACCUGUGCUUUCAACAGAAAGUUCCAGUAAUUCUAAGCAUAUUGAAACAUUAGUUCCUUAUGAUGUAACAGUGACUAGAAAUGCAAAUGAAGGCUUUGGUUUUGUUAUAAUAUCUUCUGUUAAUAAAUCUGGAUCAACUAUUGGUAAG